GCGCCCGUUGGCGGUGCCGUGGGGCGGUGCGGGCAAGGGGCGGGGGCUCCCUCCCUCCCUCCGCGUUUUAUUUCCCUUUGCGCUUCCUCGUCUUCUUAGUCUUUCGUUCUCGCCCUCCGUCUCGGGUUCGGUCCCCGCGUCCCUCUGCUUUUCUUACCCCUCCCCUCGCUCGCUCCCCGCCCCCGCGUGGCACUGCGGAGUCGGAGACGUGACCCGAGCGGACUCGCUUCCCCGCAGCUCCAGCCUCUCGCCGCAGAGUCGCAUGUCCUCGAUCCAGAACCUCCAAUCCUUCGACCCCUUUGCUGAUGCAACAAAGGGCGACGACUUACUCCCGGCGGGGACUGAGGAUUACAUUCAUAUAAGGAUCCAGCAACGAAACGGAAGAAAGACACUAACAACUGUUCAGGGCAUUGCAGAUGAUUAUGACAAGAAGAAACUUGUGAAAGCUUUCAAAAAGAAAUUUGCUUGUAAUGGUACUGUGAUUGAGCAUCCUGAGUACGGUGAAGUUAUCCAGCUUCAAGGUGACCAGAGGAAGAACAUUUGCCAAUUCCUCUUGGAGAUUGGCAUUGUCAAGGAAGAACAGCUGAAAGUUCAUGGCUUCUAACAUGCCUGUACUCUUAUGAAGAACCCUGCAGUAUUGGUCCUACCUAUCCUGUCUCUUCUGUGAAAAAUGAAUCUUUGCAGUGAAUGGACUUCCCUGUUACCUGAACAUUUACAAUCUGAUUUGCAUGACUGCAUGAAACAGGUGGUGUGUAGACUAGAAACACAUAAGAAAACUUCAGUAAGAUGGUAAUGAAGACCCUUGAGAACUUUAACACAUUUCCAAUGGAAAUGUAGUGGUGAUGGUUAUUCAGUUUAGUACUCUCCACCUGAGUUAAAUGUGUGAGUUUUAUUGAAAUAGUGUGUGUUGUUGCUUAAAAAUAAAAGUUUAUUCGUAUAAUUUCUGGGAUAUUUGAAAUGCUUUAGCCCAAGUUUUAAACUAGCACUGUAGCCUUGCUGAAGAAUGGCUGAACUGCUUUGUGGCAAGCGUAGCUCACUGCUGAUUGAAGAAAUUGGAAAAUCUACAUGAUUAAGUACUAGCUGAUUAAUCAGUAGAUUAGCUUGAUGUGAUCUUACUCUGUAGCUGUAAGACUAGAGCUUUAAAGCCUGUAGUGUAGGUGUAACUUAGUAGCAGCAUAAUAAGACAUCAAUUGUUUGCUGUGUAAGUAGCUGGAUCCUCUCUAAAACCUAUUGCAGUGACUAUGAGGUAUUAGUGUGAAGCAAAAUAGGGGUAAAGCAAGCUGAGCUCCUUAAGGCAAAACAUGUGGGCAAAAGUCCCAAAACAUUUGAAAGAUGUGGAUGGGAUAUUGUAUCUCCUCUGUCACUGAGUAAGGGGAAGGGACAUUGUGUUGGCUUCUGCCAUGACUGUGCAUUGAAAGUUGGCAAGCAGAGCACUUGACUAAGCUGGUAGUGUUAGCUGCAGGAGCAGGGAAGGGAACAGGAUCUACACACCUUUUCCCUGUUACGAAAAGUUUUCCUAGGACUGCUGGUUGACACGCAGGGUUUUGUAAUCAUGUUUGGGUGUUACUACAAAAAGCUGAUUUGGUUUACUUUUCUAGAAGGCAAGUCUUUUCAGCAUUACUGGGCAUUACAAUAGGUUUGUUACACCAUGCUUUUAAGCUAGUUUUAGUUAGCAGUAGGCAUUUGCUAUUUUGCUUGUAGGACAUGUCUCAUGAAGAAUGAAAUUGAUUCAUUUGGUUAAACAAGCAGAUGUUGUCAUCCUUUUGAGGUAGACAUGGAAAUUUUUUCUGAAACAAUUCAGAACAUGCUGAGCUGCAAAACCAUAACAAUAGUGGGAAAUGUUUAAAAAACUUCAUGUGAUAUCAUGUAUUCUCUGGAAACAAAGAGACAUUUAUUUUCUGCUAAGACUUACUACUAGCUUAGCCAGGAAAAAAAAAAGAAAUUGAUAAAAUAAUUACUUCCUAAGUAGUAAAGAAUUAGGCAAAAUUGUAUUAUUUGAUAUUACAUGUACCUGUACUUUAUUUCCUAUUCAUAUUCGCCUUUCUAAACAGAAAUGUUUCAAUUUUAACUCAUUUGAACUGUUUUUUUUCUUUUUUUUUAGAUUUUUGAGUUCAGAAAUGAACACUUAAGGCGCUAGCAACAAUUGGGGGAGCAUUAUAUGACGAUUUCUUUCCCUGUCUGAUCUAGCCAAUUCCACUUGUAGAAAUCCAGUCUCUCAAUCUCCACAGAUUCUGCUUGAUGUUACAGAUCUUAAUUGUUCCAGAGAAAGGAUGCUCCAGAAGAUUGUAUACUGUUAAGAUGCAAUACGUUCAGGAGGAGGAAAUGCCUCAUGCAAAGUGCAAAAUACCCACAUACCAAAUGGAAAUCCAAAAAUAAAUCUUAUGCAAGUCUUGCAGAUGAGCAGAAUAAAGUCAUUCUACUUUAGUUUACCUAGUCCUGAUUCUUAACUGCUAAAGUAAUCAGUCUUUUGGGGGUACAUAGCAAUUAGUGGUUUUCAUUUUAGCGCAUGCCAGAAAAACUGAUACUCUCAUUUAAAGCUUGUUCUCCUGCCCAAGAGGAAAAACAAGCAGUAUAUUCUUUUUUGCUGGUAUUAUACAAGUACUUUUAGUGGGCUUUGAAUUGAAGAUUAACAAAUGACUAGCAGGUCUCAUGUUACUGAGUCAGUCUUCAUUUCAGAUGGCAUUCCUUUAACUUUUACUACCUAAGCUUGAAUCAUUUCUCCAUAGUCAUUCUCCUUGGAACAAAUAAGAAAAAUCUUUGGUUUUCUUCCUCAUUUAAAAAUCCUUUCUAACUGGAAGAACCUUGCAGUUGAUAGGUGGCUUGGGUGGAGAUGCUUGUGUUCUGACCUUUGAAGGGCAAAAUUAUGAGGAGAUGGACUAAGACGUAACACAUUUGAAGUUUUAAAGAGGUGAGAUUUGUUGUGGCAACAAACCAUUUAAUCUUUCUAGAAGGAAAGCAGAAAUUUUUGUCCUUGAGUGUUUUAAACUAAAACAGUGUUUUAAAGAUUGCUGAAAAUGAAGACUUUGGAAAAUAACUCUUUAAGGUGCUGCCACAGAAAUGUUUUCAGAAUGAAGGCAGGUUUCAAUCUUUUUAUCUGUUCCAAAAUAGGUUAAAAAUGUUGAAGGAUGUGGCCCAUAAUUGUCAAGGCAGUAAAAAGGAGCUUAUAAUAGAAAAGUCUUUUAAAGUCCACUAGUAGGACUUGAGGCUGGUCAAGCGCAGACUGCAGAGAAUGGUGUUUUUUCACUGGAAUGUUGUGAAGUCAGUGUCCUUCACACCUACCCAUCAAGAUUGCCUUCUUAGUGAUACUUAGGCUUAAUCUCAAGGUAUUACUGGAUGUAGAAACUUGUUUUGAAUUCACAGCCUUGUGCAUAGUUUUAUUAGGCUGUUCUAGCUGAUUCUGAGCUGAUGCCUUGGAGUAAGGUGUUGCAUAACUAAAUUCACUAAAUUGUCUGUUCUGAGUCUACAUCUACUUAAAGCAGCUAUGAGCAAUGCAACCCUUGCUUCCCAAAUGGCUGCUGGCAGUUCUUGUUUGUAGAAUAUGAGAUUUAGUAAUUUAAGUCUGCAAGAUGCCCACUUCCUCGUACUGUGUGAGCUCUCAGGCCCUUGAUGUCACCUAUGGUCUGCUAAAUCUGACUCUGUGUCUGAGAUGAGCAUGAGCCCAACUAUGGGCAGAUAAUUCUCGAGUGGAAUAACCUUUGAAAGAAGGAAUGCCUGGGCUAUGUGCAUGCUAUUCAUUGCUUCAGUGGCUUUGCUUGAACCUUUAUUCCUAAACUCCAUUUUUGCACAGCUCAAAUGAAUAACACUUUGUUUCAGAGAGCUUUUUGGGAGGGGGAGGAGGGAACUAGUAAAAAACCCCCAAAAAACCCAAAAACAAACAAACAAAAAAAUGUCUCAGGAAAUAUCUGAAGUGGGGUUUUUUUUUCAUUAACUUGGAUUCCUGGACUGCAAGAUCUCUGUAAAGUUGUUUCUCUCUCUCUCUGUCUUUAGAAAUCAUAGUUAAAUGUCCCAGAAAGUUUGAUAUUUAAGGCUCUAAAUACAUCUAAAACCAUUAUAAACUCUAAAAUGCAAAGUAAUUGAAGCUUAAGUUUCAAAUAUUUGAAAUAAUUAGGCAGAACUCCUUGUUUUUUCCUAUAAUACCCUCCUGCUUAUAGUUGGUAUGUAGUUGCCCUGAAGAUGCGUGUGUUAUUUACAGUCAGGCAGUAAUCUGAUACCCCUGCUGUAAUUCCAUACCCUGUUUGUAGGUUUUUCAAAUUUUAUCUGAUGUACUGCACUCUUACAGACUGUACUACUCUAAUUUUGCAGUAUAGGACAGAUGCAACGCACCUUGACUCCCAGUCAGCAAUUAAUUCCCCAAUCCUUCUGCAAGGCUCUAGUGCACAGGAUCCAUGUGUUACAUCUUUAAUGGGCUCAACAGUUCCUCACACCAUGUGAAAAUGUAUACAAGAUUGUUUCUUGUUAAAAGUUGGAGGAGGUGAUUUUUACAGCUGAUUCUGAGACACUGUAGGAGUUACUGUCCCUUUGUACCUGUUCAGUGUUUAUCAGUGUCACUGAGCAUUCCUCUAAGCAAUGUGCUGCUGACACUGGGGAGCUGGAAGUGAGCUUAGAAGGUCGUGUGUAUUUAAGUACUUCGACUUUCUACAUCCAUACUCAGUCGGGAAUCUGUCCCCCGAGCAUGGCAACAUGAAGGUUGUUUUCCAGUUGCCAGAUCAAAAGCUCUUGAGAUCAUUAAGGGAAAAAUGGCAUAGUUGUUUUAUGCUAGCUGUAUAGAUGUUUCAUGCCUACUGUUUCCCAUUUAGAUUAAAAAUACAAAAAUAAUCUCAAAAGAGGAUUUGUACUUGGCUUGCUUUUUUUUAAGUUUGCUGUGUGCUUGUCGUUGAUCUCUUAACAAACAAGUCUUAACCUGUAUUCAAGUAUUGUUACAGAGCUGAGACAACCAAGUAUUUUAGAAUAAAGUGUGCCAAUGUUA